UUGGCGUUAAAUCAAAGUCGAUAUUUUUCAAACUGACCAAAACGCCGAUUUAAAAAAAAUGUCUGCGACAAACGUUCAAGAAAAUAAUGACGAACGCGAAAUCGAAAACGUGAUGGAGGAUCUAUUAACAACAGUUGACGAAGUGGAAGAACAACAAGACGCAAUCGAAAAGUAUCUGGAGAAUGUUGAUGAAGACGAAGAGAACGAACAAUUGAUCGAUUAUCACGAACAGGUGUUACGGUAUCUGAAGGAUCAAGAGUUCUACGUUCCUGAAGAAGAUGUAGAGGUUAGGGACUUCCCAGAAAUGGAGCCACAGGAAGUGAUACAAGGGGCAGCAAAACAUGUUCUUAUGCAACUUUUGACCGAUGUCGACAACAUAACGGCUUUCAAAGAGGCCUAUUCCAAAAAGAAGGAACUCAGCAACCAGUACCAACUGUUCGAUUUGACCCAGUUGAUUCCGAACUUUCACAUCAAUGAUAAAGUGGUGGAUAUGUUGUCUUUUAGAGAGACUCUCAUGAUUAGUAAGGUAGACAAUAAAGGUCAAGUGGAGCCUGUAGGUGGACUUUGUCUCGAUGUCCAAACUGCGCUAGGCGCCAAAUGGGACAAGCCUAGGAAAGUACCUGAUUUCACGAAGGCUCUCAUGGAUGCCUGCGUCGACAUCAAAAAAAGGUAUUCAGAAGAAUCCAAAGAACAAACGAGAAAAGAUCUAGAAGAAUACGCCAAGUUUCUGGAUGAAGAAAUGAGAAAACACCAGAAGAAAUUUCUGGUGCAUAUGUCCACGCAAUUCAACGUGGAUGGAAAAAACGCAGGUUCAAGACUGACAUCUUGGGUGGACAGAAAUUUACAUACGCUGGAAGAAAAAAGAACAGAGUAUAUAAUAGCUCAAGGCAAGGAAGAGAACAUUUUGGACCAGAAACAACUCUACAUAUACAUCGGCAAGAAACACUACGAUGUUAGGGUACAACCGGCAAAAGACUACUGCAAAAAAUACUGCUACAGUUUCCGAAGGGCGCGAGAUUUCCUAUCAGAGGGUGCCAAUUUCAUUCUGAUGAGGUACCUGGCCAUAGUUAAAUUCAUCGGUCAAUUUGAACUAUCUUCAAUACACAUCGAAGGCGGAUUGUGCAGAAAUAUUUACCAAUGCGACGGUCCGCUAGGUGGGUACAUAAACAACGAGAAGAUGGACCUGUACAAAGUCUACAGGACAAUUGUGGAAGAAUGCGGCAUCAUCCAUAGAUCUUGCACUAUACUCUCCUUGGACGGCAGAAUCAUGAAGCACGAUUGGGAAAAAUGCGACUAUGUGCUCCAGAUUAACCCAAUCGUGUCACCGGCGCAGAAAAAAAGAGCGACGAUGAUCCUCCACUUUGACGAAGCUUGGAAGCACGACCUCCAAUUGUUCUCUAAAUAUCUGGAUAAGAAGUCAGCAGCUUCCUUCCAUAUGAAGUCUUACCUUUACGACCACAAGGAAAUCGGAAGCCUGAUUAACGAUUAUGUUCAGAACAUACUCCAAAUCAAACCGGAGAACAUAAUACAAUUUACCAAACAUUUCUUCUUGAGCUAUGCCCCUUACCUGCUUCCAAGGGCGGAAUAUUUCGAACAAGACGUUAACAAAUGCUUUUACGGAGAAGAUGUAGAAGGCAAUGAUAUUUGAAUUGUCCCAUCUUGUACUUGAGAAUAAACGUAAUGUAAAUGUUA